CAGUGUGAAUGACGUCAUGAACAAGAAGAGGAAUUGCAAAAUAAACAAGAGCCGCAGAGCUACUUAUUUAGGAAAUCAGCGUAUAAAAGUGCAUUAAUUUAAAAAUGAAAUGUUCAGUGGUGGGCUGUAGCAGUGAUUAUAUGAAAAAUCCAUUGAAAAAAACCUUCUAUGGUUUUCCAACCGAUGCAGCUGUUGCGCAUAAAUGGGUUUUAUUUUGCCAGCAACCGAAAGACUUUAAUUAUCGGAGUAAGUUUAUUUGCAGAGACCACUUUAAAGACGACGACUUCCUAAAUAUUGCACAAUUUAAAAUGGGUUUUGCACUGCGACUGAAAAUAAAGCGCGAUGCGGUGCCCACUAUCCGGCGAAUAUCGACUGGACAAACAAUACGGGAGCUACGUAUUCAACGGAGGAACCAAAAACAAAUUGUCAAUGAUCUUUUACGAAAGUAUAACCAGGAACAGAAAGUGAAAAUAAAGUUAGCUGCUAGUGAGUUUGACGAAAUAUGCAGCACUCAAUCUACCAAGGGCUCAUCGCUAGUCGCAAACAAUACAAAUAGCAAUGGAUUUGACGAAAUAAGCACUCAAGCCACUAAAGGACCAGCGCCAGUUACAAACAAAGAAGACACCGUAGAGCAAAUAGAGUUAACUGCUAAUGGAUAUGAUGAAAUAAGUACUCAAACCACCAAAGGCUUGGGGCUAGUUGCAGACAAUACAAAUGAUAAAGAAGACUCCGUAGAGCAAAUAGAUUUUGUUGCAAAUGUAUUUGACGAAAUAUGCAGCACACGAGCCACCAAAGGUUUGAGGCCAGUUAAAACCGGUAUUAAAAAUAAGUUGUCGGACUUUGCCGUAAGUAAUGACAAAGACAACACAAUAUCUGAAGACUAUAUCCACAAUGAAGUUCAGUUUGAGGAAGUGACGAUGGGGAACCAAAGGGACUAUCCUAUUAACGUGUUUGAGGAAGUGGAUGAGCUACGGGAACAAAUUAAACUUUUGCGAAAGGAUAAUAUUUGUCAGCGCCGAAUCAAUAAGGGACUGUGUAAGAAGCUUGAAAAGUGGAAGAGAUUAAAUAUAGAGAAGGAUAUUCGUUAUGCAAACAGGUUGAGUAGAUUGAAUGUGCGAUUAAAAAAUAAAACUCAGGAAUGUAAAAAUCUAGAGGAAAAGCUGAACUCUAUUUUCACCAGUGGGCAAAUUAACAAAAUGAAAUCCUUAAAACUUAAUUAUCAAUGGGAUGAAGAGGAUAUUGCCAAAUCCUUAAUCCUAUAUAGAUCAAGCGGCAAAACAUAUAAGUUGCUUUACGAUAAUGGUUUUCCUAUGCCAUCAGUGCGUACUUUACAGAGAUGGAUUUGGAAUAAUAAAAUCGACCCGAAAAAAGAUGUAAACAUAACUGCAACAAAAAAUGUAAUUGAUAUAGUGGAAAGAAAGAAUAUAAUUGAUCCAUUAAAUAUAAUUAACACGGAAAAUAUAAACGAAACAGAAAAUAUAAUUGCAACAGAAAACUUAAUUGAAACAGAACACUUAAUUGAGACAGAAAAUAUAACAGAAACAGAAAACUUAAUUGAAACAGAAAAUAUAAUUGCAACAGAAAACUUAAUUGAAACUGAAAAUGUAAUAGAAACUGAAGACUUAUUUGAAACAGAAAGCUUUAUUGAAACAGAAAAUAUAAUUGAAUCAGAGAGCGUAACUGCACCAGAAAACAUAAUUGAUCCAGAAAAUGUAAUUUUGGAAACUCAUAUGAACGAUAUAGAUCAAACAUUCGCUGAAUAUUCAAUUACGAUAGAAAUAGUUUAAACAUACUUCUUUUUGUAUAUAGUAUAUAUCCACCAGAAUAUUUUUAAGCUUCUUUGAAAAAAAUU